CCAAACAUAACAACAAACUUAAGUUUCCUCAUUUGUCUUUCUUCUCUCUUCACCCGGUUUUGUAUUUCUACAAAAGGCUAAAUGGCGGGUGAGCAAAUGAAACCUGUUGCUUCUCUACUUCUGGUGCUCAACUUCUGCAUGUAUGUGAUUGUUCUAGGGAUUGGAGGAUGGGCCAUGAACCGAGCCAUCGACCACGGGUUCGAAAUUGGCCCUGAUCUGAAGCUACCAGCACAUUUCUCCCCAAUUUAUUUUCCCAUGGGAAACGCUGCCACAGGAUUCUUUGUGGUGUUCGCGUUGCUGGCGGGUGUUGUUGGUGCGGCUUCCACAAUCUCAGGCCUUAGCCAUAUUCGUUCUUGGACCGUGGGAAGCUUACCGGCUGCAGCAGCAGCUGCAACUAUUGCCUGGACCCUCACAGUUCUUGCCAUGGGAUUCGCCUGGAAAGAAAUCGAGCUUCACGUGCGAAAUGCAAGACUGAGAACCAUGGAGGCGUUCUUGAUCAUACUCUCAGUCACACAGCUUCUUUACAUCGCCGCUGUUCACGGCGUGAGGCGACCUGCUUAAGGAAUCAUGGGGUGUUUCUACUUUUCAAGUCAAUCAUCCCGAAACCCGGGAUUGGGUGUGUUGAGUGUUUGUGUGUGUGAUUUUUAUUUUAUAGGAAGCUUAAGUUAAAUUCAUGUAUUCUUUGUGUACAAAAGGAUCAGAUCUUGUUUUGUGUUUGUGUCACUUUGUGUUCAUGGAAUAAAAUCAAACUUUGAGGCU